GCACUCCCAUUUAUUUAUCUCAUGAUCUUUUUUUAUCUCUACCUGUCUUCUUAUAUAUAGACACAGACAUGGCGUUCGUAUUAAUUAUGAUCUCUAUGUUUUAGCUUCUUGUAAAAAAAUCUCGUCUCUCUCCUGGGCGGCGGCUGUGCCUCAUAAAUCAUAAUCCAUCUCUCUUUGACGUGUGAAAUUUAUUGUGGAUUUCUGAGGGUUUUUGUGUGAUUUAUUUCUCAGGUUUUAUUUACUUGAUUUAAUCAAGACAUGCGCACAAAAUUCAUAUUGAGGUUCCCAGAGAGAAGAGAAAAGAGAUUACUAGACUCUUUAAAUUAAACAGUUUGUAGAUUAGCCAUAAUUACCAGAACUUGUUAAGAAAAGGCAGAGGCAUUUGUGGUUAUAAUUUGAUUUGGAAGUCAUUAGAGGGUGCUAAUUUGUUUUUCUGAAGAGACCAUAUUGCUUUGGUUAAUGUUGUGUAACAUAUAUUUCUGGUGCAUUUUUAAACCAGCCUAUAUGUUAUCAAUUUCACCAACAUUUUGACUUCAGGCCCAGGAUCAGUCUUCUGCAAAUUUUCUGAAAAGAAAUUGGAUUGAUCUGAUUAGUCUUAUAGUUCUGCGGGGCUUAGCAUUUGGUCGAGAUGGAUAAUAAUUAUAGCUCAACCCUGAAAUCUGCGAAAGAGAUACCAUUUCCACCUCCAUUACCUGGUAGAGUAAUGGCCAGCUAUCGUUCAAAGCAGACAACCAUGGGUUGCUCAUCGAGGAACAACUUUGUCUGCACAGCUAAGCCGAGUAUGUGGGAUCGUCUUUUUGAUGAAGGUUAUAGAGCUGACAUUUUGAUCCAUACAGAUGGUGGUAAUAUCAUCUAUGCACACGCCAGUAUUCUCGGAAUGGCUUCUCCUGUUUUGAGACAAAUGCUAAAGGAAUCACCAGGGAGAGGCCGAUGGAAAACAAUCUCAAGAAAAGGCAGAGGCCAACAGAAAGCAAUCUCAGUUCAUGGUGUAGCACACGAGGCAGUUCGAGUUUUUAUUCGCUUUUUGUACUCAUCCUGCUAUGAACGAAAAGAAUUGCUGGAGCAUAUCCUACCUUUGUUGGUACUGUCUCACACAUAUAUGGUUCCACAGUUAAAGCACAUUUGUGAAAGGCAACUAGAAAAUGGAUUUCUAACCAUUGAUAAUGCGGUUGACAUCUUUCAACUUGCACUUUUGUGUGAUUCCCCUCGGCUGACCCUCAUCUGCAACCGCUUCAUCAUAAAAAACUUGAAGGCUGUUGCUGCCACUGAAGGAUGGCAAGUGAUGAAGGAGAGUCACCCAAUUCUAGAGAGUGAACUUUUGGAGUCUAUGAUUUAUGAUGACGCUGCCCAAAAGGAGAGGAGGAUAAGGAUGAACAAUAGGAAGAUAUUUUCACAAUUAUACGAGGCAAUGGAAGCACUUGUUCAUAUAUGCAGGGAUGGUUGUCAAACCAUUGGUCCCUAUGAUAAGGUCAUUAAAAAGAAUCAGUUGCCAUGCAAGUACGAGUCUUGUAAAGGAUUAGAAGCUCUUUUCCGUCACCUAUCUGGAUGCAAACUAAGAGUUCCAGGUGGCUGUAAACAUUGCAAAAGAAUGUGGCAGCUUCUAGAAUUACACUCUCGUCUUUGUGCUGAUUCAGAUAGAUGUAGGGUUCCUCUGUGCAGCAAUUUUAAGCAAAGAAUAAAGCUGGGGAAGAACAAGAAGGACGAUAUUAAGUGGCAGAUAUUGGUGAGAAAGAUCGUGAGAACAAGGAGCAUUACAGGAGCUCCAUAUUUUUCAUUGGCAUGUAAAUGAUGGCGAGUGAUAUAUAGCUUUUGUAAUGUAAUAUACCAAAUUUUAGUCGCAGAAAUGUUUUGUGUGGCAUAUUUUGAGAUCUAAGCAAUCCAGUUACACUCAAAUCUUCUUCAUGAGUGUGGGUGGAACUAUUAAUUGAUAUGUAUAUUCGGAAAA